CAUCGACGAAGAAGUAACGAACGGAACAAUCACUGCACUUCGGUUAAUGUCACCGGCAGCGGAAAUGUUACAGCUGAUUGGCAGCUUUUUUACGUUUCAAUAUUAACAUUUCUCAUUAUAUAUUCGUGAGGUUGUUUGGCGACUGAAGUUCAGUUUUAAUCUACCGCUGCAGGUGCAGCCAGAGGAUUGCUUCUGAGUGUCGUUGAUUAUGGUAUAGACGGAGCGCUUUCUCUGAGACAGCAGGUCCUAGUGAAGGAGCAGGUCUGUCUCUGUCUGCUGAGUCACUGCAAGCUGGAGCGAGCGCUAGGCUAGCGGAGCAGACGACAGCAGAGCAGAGCACCAUGACCUACCGGCUGUUUGAGGGGAAACACCAUGCUUCCAUCUACCAGAGGUACCGCUUUGUACCUCCAGAGGAGAUCAGAGACAUCAUCCUGCAUUACCUGGAAAGGAAGAAAGGCCAGCCCCAUGUCCUAGCUGUGGACCUGGGCUGUGGGACGGGGCAGAACUCACGCCUGCUGGCCCCACACUUCCAGGAGGUGGUGGGCAUCGACAUCAGCGAGUGCCAACUGGAGGAGGCCAGGGCAGUGGCAGGUUUCAACAACAUCACCUACAGGAAAGGGACUGCAGAGGAGCUGCCGUUUCCGGAUGGUUCUGUGGACCUGCUGACUGCAUCCUCAGCGGCCCACUGGUUUGACCAGCAAAGGUUCCUCUUGGAGGCAGGCCGGGUCCUGAAGCCUUGCGGCUGCUUGGCUCUGCUGGACUUUGCUGAUAACUUCAGACUCCAUUACGGCUCAUGUGGGGACAGACUCACUGACAUAUAUGAUGAGUUCAAGAAGGUGCUGUUACCAUACACCAGCACACAGGUAGCAGUGCCCAACACCAAACUACAGGAUCUUUACGCCGCCAUCCCCUUCCCUGACAAAGAGAGGAUUGAGUGUAUCCCACUGAAGCAGCAGAUCUCAGUGAGGAACAUAGUGGGCUUCAUAGAGUCCUUCUCCAUGUACCAGGCCUUCCAGAGGGCCGAGCCUGAUGCUGCCACCGCACUGCUGCAGAGAACACACGACAGGUUUCUGAAGGAGAUGGGAGUCACAUCACCAGACACACUCAUGGACGUGACACUGGAGUAUUUCUGUGUCCUGGCAUCUAAACCGGAGUGAACACUCUUUACAGUGUGAAUGUGUUUGUGUGGAGACAGAUGUCUUAAGCUUGUGUUUAGGCUUGUGUGAGUCAUGUUUAAGCUGUUUUUAAUAUAAAUAUUAUUCUGUUCACAUAAGAUGACAUUGAUGUCCCCUUGGUUUUGUCUGUUAUUUUCUUUAAUACAUUGUAAUGUAGAGCAAACUAUUAGCCUUAGUCACAUCAUUACCAAAAUGGUUGCCACAUUUAGUAUCUUCCUUGCAUGAGAUUUACAAUAAACUAUGUAUGCAGACACAA